AAACCAAAAACAUUAACAACACACAAAAAACACAAACAUAGUUUCAAGCUUUCAAGAACAAAAGAAGAAAAACCAAAACCAAAACCAAGUUCCAACGUUUUACAUUGCACCAAAUCAUGUCUUGCUCUGUUGCUGUUUCAAAUUCUAAUGUCUUCUCUCUUUCCUCUCCAUGCCAUUUUUCUCUCCCCUCACCGGUUUUGAAGAGACAUAGGCCUGCUAAGCUUCAUAUACCUGUUGCUUCUCUCACUGUUGAUGUCCUGACGCCAGUACCGGAGACGGUACCGGCGAAGGAUGUUGUUGAGGAUGAGGGAAUUGGGUUUUCUGUGUAUUGUAAGAAAGGAAGUAGAAAACAUAUGGAAGAUCGUUACUCUGCUUCUGUUAAUCUUCAUGGAGAAUCAAAACAGGCUUUUUUUGGCAUAUUUGAUGGGCAUGGAGGUACAAAAGCAUCAGAAUUUGCAGCACAUAACUUGGAAAAUAAUGUGUUAGAAGUGAUUAAAAGUGAUUAUGAGAGUGAUAUUGAGGAAGCUGUGAAAAAUGGCUACCUUAAAACAGAUUCAGAUUUCUUAAAAGAGGAUCUUAAUGGUGGCUCUUGCUGUGUAACAGCAUUGGUUAAGAAGGGUAAUCUUAUUGUGUCUAAUGCCGGCGAUUGUCGUGCUGUCAUUAGUAGAGGAGGUGUUGCUGAGGCAUUAACAUCUGAUCAUAAACCUUCAAGGAUAGAUGAAAAGGAAAGGAUUGAAACUCAGGGCGGUUAUGUUGAUAUGUGUCGCGGUGUUUGGAGAAUCCAAGGAUCUCUUGCUGUUUCAAGGAGCAUUGGAGAUAGACACAUGAAACAAUAUGUGAUAGCAGAACCUGAGACCAAAGUUGUUAAAAUUGAAUCUCAUCAUGACUUGUUAAUCUUAGCUUCAGAUGGAUUAUGGGAAAAGGUUAGUAAUCAGGAAGCAGUAGAUAUUGCUCGUUCUUUUUGUGUAGGGAGCAAUAGACAAGGACCUUUUAAGGCUUGUAAGAAACUUGUAGAUUUAUCUUCAUCACGAGGCUCUAUCGAUGAUAUAAGUGUUAUGAUCAUCGAAUUGCAGAACUACAUUUGAAGUCUCGUUGAUACAAAAGAAACAUGGUUAAUUGAGAAUUGGAAGCACCGGCUCAAACAUGAAUACCAGACAUGUCACCAGACAUGUGAUCUUGACAUGUGUUAGACACCAAACAAUGUCGUGCCAAUGACGUGCGUUCAUUUGAAAUGUGGGUGCUGCUACAUAUUCAGAAUAUUCAGAAUAUGGUUAUGUUAUGAUCUUGACGUAUAUUGGACGUUGAACGCGCGUUCAUAUGAAAUUAACAACAGUACCAAAAUUAUAAUCUGUAUAUAUCUAACUAUUAGGAUGUGUAAGGUAAUUUUUUGAAGAAUCAUCUUGAUAUGUAAUAGUAAACAUUUUUUAGUACCAAAAUAAAGAUAUUACAUAGGUUUCAACCUAACACCUUAUGUAAACUUUUUUUUAGGUGAAAGACCUUAUGUAAACUAUUUUAUCAUUUUAGAUUUAGUACCAUUCAAUUCCUAGUGAUCAUCACUAUUAUCUCCUUGUCUUAUCAUAAUUAAGUGUAUACUUAUUUAUUUUUUUCUAAAAAUUCAUAAACUUUUUCGAUCAUAUAUAUAUUUGCAAUUCAUUCAUA